GUUUUGUGUUGGGAUGGAAAAUGGCGGCUGUUCGGAGAGCGCAUUAACUUUAAACAGAAGGAGUACAGCGAGAGCCAUGAAGGGGAUAUAACACGGGUUAUUAUCAAUGUUUAAAGGCUUUUAUUCUGGAGGUACUCCUGUUCAUGAAGUGCUUCCUGUCUGUAGAAAAAGCAGGACUAAAAAAGUUCUGAUGGUUCUGAUGGUCCGGUUAUAAUCUGCCAUUUUAUGGAUGCCUCAAAGCCUCGGUACAGUAAACGGCUGCGUGCCGGUACCCGUCGGCGUUACCACGAUGACGGCAUCUCAGAUGAGGAGAUCGAUGGACGGAGGAUGUUUGACCUGGAGGAGAAGGUCAGCAGUCAGAGGUUCAGCUCUGACCGAGUUCUCCGCAUGGAGGGGAAAGACCUGACGUACGAGUUUGUGCAGAGAGGAGGACUGAGAGACCCCAUCCUCUUUGAGAGACCUGAAGGACUCGGACUCAAGAUGCCUGAUCCAGACUUCAGUGUGAACGACGUGAAGAUGUUUGUUGGGAGCAGGCGUAUGAUCGAUGUGAUGGAUGUCAGCACUCAGAAGGGGACGGAGAUGUCGAUGGCUCAGUGGACUCGUUACUACGAGACUCCGCCCCCUCAGAGAGAGAAGAUCUACAACGUGAUCAGCCUGGAGUUCAGCCACACCAAGCUGGAGACGCUCGUCCACAGACCCACAACGGUGGAUCUGAUCGACUGGGUGGACAACAUGUGGCCUCGACACCUGAAGGAGAGACAGAGAGACUCCACCAACUCCAUCACUGACAUGCAGUACCCCAAAGUACAGAAGUACUGUCUGAUGAGUGUGCAGGGGUGUUUCACAGACUUCCACAUUGACUUUGGGGGGACGUCUGUGUGGUAUCACAUCCUUAGAGGGACUAAGGUGUUCUGGCUGAUCCCGCCCUCCCCUCAGAACCUAGAGCUGUAUGAGAACUGGGUUCUGUCGGGGAAACAGGGAGACGUGUUCCUGGGAGACCGUGUGUCAGACUGUCAGAGGAUCCAACUGAAGCAGGGCUGCACCUUCAUCAUCCCCUCAGGCUGGAUCCAUGCUGUCUACACUCCUGUGGACUCCAUGGUGUUUGGAGGAAACUUCCUGCACAGCUUCAACAUCCCCACGCAGCUCAACAUCUGUAACAUCGAGGACAGGACACGGGUCCCGGUGAAGUUCCGUUACCCGUUCUACUACGAGAUGUGCUGGUACGUGUUGGAGCGCUACGUGUUCAGCCUGACGAAGACGUCCUACCUCACACCGGAGUUCCAGAAACACUCUCUGGGCAUCGGUCUGAAGAAGCCAGACGCAGUCUCGGAGCAGGUGAAGGGGGAGGAGGAAGAUGAGGAGGAGGAGGAAGAGGAGGAGGAGGAGGAGCAGGCAGUUGGAGGUCUUGUGACUCCUCUGGAGCUGGAGGGAUUGUGGAACCUGCUGGGAAAACUGGAAGCUCUGCCCUCCAACAAGAAGUGUGUUCCUGCAGGAAUACACAACGCCCCUGCUCUCAUCACACACAUCAAGGCUCUGCUGAAGGAGCACGCCAAUGACAACCCCAAAAUGUCGUACACGGGGAAACCCAUCAUCAGGUGGCCAAAGAGGCCCUCAUGGUACCAGCCUCCUCCUCCUCCUCCUCCCCCUCCCCGUCCUAAACUGGCCACCACGCCCAUCGUCCCCAGGCCUCAGAAACCCGCCUCCUCCAUGUCGGUGCUCCGACGUCGCAGAGUCAGGUGUAAGCGGUGUGAGGCCUGCAUGAGGGCAGAGUGUGGAGACUGUAACUUCUGCAGAGACAUGAAGAAAUUUGGAGGUCCAGGGAAACUCAAACAGACCUGUGUGCUCCGACAGUGUCUCUCUCCUGGCCUCCCUCUGUCGGCUGUGUGUGAGAUCUGUAAGGAGCCAAACCAGGAGGAGACCGGAGACCCCUCCCUCAUCCUGAUGGAGUGCUCCAACUGUGCUCAGAUAGUUCAUCCUGCCUGCCUCACGGUUCAGGGAGAAGGACUGGUGAACAAAGACUUGCCCAGCUGCUGGGAGUGUCCAAAGUGUGUGCAGGGCAUCACUGACCCAGAGAGUAAAGGACAUAAAUCUGAAGGCCUUCCUGUGAAGCGUAAGUCUUCUUCCUUGCUGGAUGCACGUAUGGCAAAGAUUUACCGCAGACAGAGACACAGCCGUGAUGGAGACGACUCUGCCAGUGAUGACGAUGAUGAAGGCUCUCACAGGAGGAAGAUGGCACUCCACGCUCGAGGGGGGGUCCACUCCGCCAGGAGGGGGUUCAGUGCAAACAGGAGGGGCCCAAUGAGAGGUGGCUCCGCCCACAGAGGAAGCAGGGGCGGAGUCAUGCCUGGCUCCUCUGUCCUAAAAAUGAAGAGAGGGGUGGGUGUGAGGGAAGGAAGAAGGGGGAGGGGGGUGCGGCUGCGCGGGGGCUCCAGGAUGCAGCGCAGAGGAGACGAGUCAGAGGAGUCGGACGAUGAAGACGAUGAUGACGAAGAGGAGGAGGAGGAAGAGGAAGAGGAGGACAGCGAGGAUGGAAUCAAAGAACGUCGUCACCGUCGGAGGAGGAGGAGGACUGACGAUGACGAGGAAGACGACAGUGAGGGGCAGGACUACGAUCCUGAGGAGGAGGAGCUGGACACGUUGGAGGAUGAAGAGGAGGAUGAGGAUGAGGAAGGGGAAGGGCAGUGGGACUCAGACCCAGAACCUCCGGUUCUCCUGGUGUCAGACCUGAGCGAUGACCUGCUGAGCGGAUCCUACCUCACUGUGACUCUACAGCGCCCUCACAAGGCCCGGAGACACAGUGGCUCCAUCGUGCCAAAGCUGGAAGCUGCUGUGGGUCAGAGGUCAGCAGGGGGUGCUGCAGGUUCGCAGACCUUCAUUCAGAGGAAGACUCUGUCUAAACCCCCUCGUCCUAAGAGUUCAGACAGCACAGAGAGCGCCGCACCACGAGGCCCCGGCAGGCCUCGUCUGCGUGGUAACCAUGGAGACAGAGGCACCAGAGGUGGCUCGGGGUCUUCAUCAGAGGAAGAGGACGCUUCUCCCCCAUCCUCCUCCCUCUCUCCCCCCUCCCUGCUCUCCCUCCCAUCCUUUAAGGACGUAGGAAACGAGGGGGGAGGAGAGAAGGAAGUGUGGGUGUCAGUGUUCAGGUUUCUGGACCGAGCUGAGCUGCUGAACUGUAUGACUGUCUGCAAGGCCUGGUAUAAGUGGAGUUGUGAUAAGCGUCUCUGGACUCAUGUCGAUGUGAGUCGCUGUAGUCCUCUCUCUAAUCAGUCUCUGGCAGGAAUCGUCAAACGACAGCCGUCAUCUCUGGACCUGUCCUGGACCCCAAUGGCCAAGAGACAGCUCACCUGUCUGCUCACCAGGCUGCCAGGCCUUAGGGAGCUGAGGGUCACCGGUCUGUCCUGGUCCUGCCUCUCGGCGUUGGUUUUUCCCUCUCUGCCCUGCCUGAGGCUGCUUGACCUGCGCUGGUGUGAGGGGAUCCGAGAUGCUCAGAUCAAAGAGAUCAUCCUGCCCCCAGGCGCGGAGUCGUCCCGCAGCAGGCUGAGGAACAUGCUGACCCUGUGUCUGGGCGGUCUGGAGGUGAGCGAGGUGUCUCUGAGGCUGCUGCAGAGACACAUGCCUCAGCUGCAGAGACUGGACCUGUCUCACUGUAAGGACAUCUCCGACACCUCCAUCGCCCUGCUGACCGCCGCCGGGACGCACACACGACACAACCUGACGGAGCUCUCACUGGCAGGUUGCAGUGAGCUCACAGACACCUGUCUGUCCUACCUGAAGCGUCUGUCCUGUCUGUCUCUGUUGGACCUGCGUGGAUGUUCAGGCGUGAGCAGACGAGCAUGUGAUGCCUUCAUCUCUGAUCUGUCCCAUGUCGCCCCCUUCUGCAUGAUGGAGGAGAAGCUCAUCCAACGCAUGGACUGACACACACACACCGUGUUCACAGUGUGUGUGUGUUCACUGAGUGUAUAUAUUUUGUAUUUGUGUUGAUGCCGAAAGGUUCCUGUACAGUUUGUUUUUUACCUAAAGAAUAAAAAAGUUAAUCCUU